CUGCAGAGGCCAUCUACAGUCAAGUCUUUGAACAAAGAGUUGUACAAUUUGUUUAGAACAUGAGGCCUGUUGAUGGAGUUGAUCUUGUCUCCAUUCGUAUUGAUGAAAAGCUUGCUGGGUUGACUCCAAAUGAUCCGGAGUACUCUUGUAUAUUCAGAGUGCAUAACCAAUUACGCAAGACAAAUGAGAAGGCAUACGAGCCUCAGCUACUUGCCAUUGGUCCUUACCACCGUGGCAAGGAUGACUUGAGGCUUAUGGAAGACCACAAAUUGCGCUAUUUACAACUAAUUCUUCAAAGGGGAAAUGAAAGCAGCGUGGAAAGAUACAUUAAGGCCAUGAGAGAAUUGGAAGGAAGAGCUCGUGAAUUCUAUGUAGAACCCAUUAGCCUAACCAUAGAUGAGUUCGUAGAAAUGUUGCUUCUUGAUGGGUGUUUCAUCAUUGAGCUGUUUCGCAAGUUCGCAGUGAUAGAUCUAAGGGAUGAAUUUGAUCCAAUCUUUCGAGUGGGUUGGAUCUUAUGUACCUUAAAGCGUGAUCUAUUAUUACUGGAAAACCAACUUCCAUUCUUCAUUCUCACUAAGUUGUUCGAGAUGACCAUGGUUCCGAACCUGCACAAGGACAUUAUUGAACCAGCCCUGCAUUUUUUUACUUCAUUACCAUCUCUAGAGUAUUCGUAUGAAUCAGGGGAUGUUUCAUUAAUCCGAAACAAUAAGCAUCUAGUUGGUCUGAUACAUAAACUUAUCCGUCCAAUUGGAAAUGUUGUACUUAAUAAGAAAGAUUGGAAGUCAAUACGGGGUGCCACAGAGCUUGAAGAGGCUGGAGUAAAAUUCAAGAAGGUAGAGGGGGUCAACUUGUUUGACAUAAAGUUCAACAAUGGGGUACUGAAAAUUCCACUUUUGCGAAUAGAAGAUCGAUCAGAAUCUUUGUUCCGAAAUCUGAUUGCAUUUGAGCAAUACAAUCGAAGUUAUCAUCUCCAAUACGUCACAGACUAUGUGAGCUUCAUGGGCCAUCUCAUCAACUCUCCAAAGGAUGUUGAAUUGCUUCGUCGACGUGGAAUUAUAGUAAAUCAGUUGGGUGAUGAUGAAGCUGUCUCCACCAUGUUUAACAAGAUUGGUGACUGUGUCGUGGUAUACGAUUUGUGUUAUGCUGAAAUUUUAAGCAAUUUGGACAAGCAUUGCAGAAGACGUCAAAAUGUGUGGAUGGCAAAACUGAAGCACAACUAUUUCAACAGUCCUUGGGCAUUGAUUUCAUUUCUCGCAGCUGCCGUUUUGCUCCUACUUGCUUUAACUCAGACUAUAUUUUCCAUUCUUGCUUAUUUUUGUUCCCAGAAAGUAACAAGUAGCUGA